AUGGGACAGAGCUGGGAGCCCAUUUUCCCCCGGGUGCUCUCCUGUGCUGUUCUGCUGCUCCUGCUGGUGGCUGUGCUGAGCAGAGGCAGGAGGUGCAGCAUCGCCAAAAUCCUCCGGCAGUACCGCGCCGUCAUCUUCCAUGAGAUCCAGAACCUGAGAAACCUGACUGGGUCGUACAGGAGCGGGAGGGCCGGGCCUGCUUGUCGCUCAGACAAGGACCAGAAGAUCCUGCUGUCUAUCUACAACAUCAGCAUGUCCCUGCGGGAGGUGGGGGCUGGCACCCCGCAGGGCCCCGAGGAGCUGGCGGUCUGGAGGGUGGCCAGGAACACCAACUUCGUGCUCCGGGAGAACUGCAGGAAAAUCAGCAAGAGCCCAGCGCGCACCGGCGCGGCCCCGGCGCGGCGCGGGGCAGCCGCCCGCAGGAGGAAGCGGCUGCGGGAGAUCGGCAGGAAGGCGGAGAGGCUGGCGACCUGCUGGGAGAAGCUCAAUGCCCUGCACGCACCCCGCCAGGCGCCCUGGGACUCGUAG